AAUAACUUGUCAAAAAUUGUUUUGAUGCAAUUCGUUUGCCAAAAAUUAGACGAAAAUCAUUAAAAUAAAGGUUAAAAACCGUUGUUGUUAAACUUGCAUUCAUUACUUGAUUUAAAGGUUUAUCAAAAGUAUUUUCUCUUCUACAUCUCCGGACAAUGUCGGACAGGUUAAAAAGUACACACAAUGUAUCGAACGAGGAAGUUAUUGACGAUUUAACAAAAGAUUUACGGAGAACCCUCAGUUCCGGUGACGGUGAUGACUUUGUUGGGGACCCGGGGUGUGGUGAGGAGCAUGUCCAGCGAACUUCUGGCGAUGCAGCGAAGGAAAGCCUUUCAGAUGACAUUCCACUUAGCGACGAUGACCUUGACAAGCACUCAAAAGGAGAAAGCGACAGCGAGGACAGUGAUAUUUCGUCCAUGGACGAAGAGUCGCUCAGAGAGUCAGAAAUGGAGCUCACAGACGACCAGAAGGAGCAGCGUAGGAUAAUAGCAGAGGAGCUGAAGACUGCGGGGAAUAAUGCCUUUAAAGACGCAGAAUAUGAGAAGUCUAUUGAUAAAUACACUGAAGCACUCUUCAUGUGUCCACUCCAGUUCUCACAGCUGAGGUCGAUAUUAUACAGCAACCGAAGUGCUGCCAAAAUGAAGCUAGAGAAAUACAAAAAAGCUAUAGAAGACUGCACGAAGUCGAUAGAAUUGGACGAUAAAUAUGUCAAAGCUUACUACAGACGAGCACAGUGCUACGAGGCCACAGAAAAACUAGACGAAUGCCUAGCCGACUACAAUAAGAUUCUGGAACUCGAUCCGUCGCAUAAAGAAGCACAAAACGCCACACUCCGCCUACCGCCGUUGAUCGAGGCGAGGAAUGAAAAACUCAAAGCAGAAAUGCUGGGUAAGCUUAAAAACCUUGGUAACAUGAUCCUGAAACCCUUCGGGCUGUCCACGGAGAACUUCCAGUUGGAACCGGACGCGGAGUCUAAAGGUUACAAGAUUAACUUCAAGCAAUAGCGUUCAAACGGAAUCUUGGGGGCCAUUUUUUUGUUAUUUCUUGUCUUAUUAUGCAAAUAUUGGUUAGAAGCAGGCGUUACUUUGCGGAA